ACCGCGUUCUGCGCCAGUUGGGGGUUCAAGGCCGGGUUGAAAUCCCAGCUGAUACCUUGGGCACGUAGACUUUUCCCGGAGGAGCUUGAGAGAGUGAAGCGCAAGCAAUAGCUAUUAUUCUUUGUCCCCAAAGUCAGCCUCGGAUUUGCGCCUGGCGUGGCUGGGAGAGCCGACCUUCUCAGUGAGUUCCAGUUAGGUUCUUGCCUGAGGUUUGUUUCCCUUUUGCUUCUUCGCACCCCUCCCCCUCUUCUUCUUUUAAAGUAAGAACCCUGAGGCCUGAGAGGGGCCCUGAUGCUUUCUCCCAGGGUAGAGGAGUCUCAGCCCCCGUGGACCCGGCCAGCCUGUCUGCCUGGGGAGCCUUGUCCUCGGGGGAGGACUUGUCCUCGGAGGGGUAGGGGGAGGUUUGUCAGUAUCCGUCCGGGUCUAAUAGAGACCAAACCCCAGGCAACAGCUUCCCUGCAGGGGUGUCCAGCCAGAGGCCAAGAUGUCCUCAGUGGGGAAGGUGACCCAAAUUCCCAGCGGGAAUGUCUACCAGCAGAUCUUCGAGGCUGAGGUACAGCUGGUCCACUCCCUGGCAUCCACCAGGAAGCGAACUAUGGAGCGUUCCAUGGCCCCAAAGGAUGGCAGGAAGCUCUUGAUGACGAAGAUGGAUAUUCGUGAAGGGGAGAUGAUGUCUCCUCGGCAGCGGAAGUGGGCGCACAGCCUACCCAAUGACUGGGUCACAGAAAACCCUGUUCUCUACAGGGAAAAGGAAAUAGCCAAGAAGGAGAAAGCUCAAGAGAGUGAGAACAGCACUGCUGCCAGAGAAGUGCGGGGCCUCCCAGACGCCCCCGUUCCUGAGAGGUUCAGCACCAUCACCCUUCAAGGGCGAGAGGAUUACAAGAGGAGGAGCUAUGAGAGUGCUCUGGCCAGCUUUAAGGAGGAGAUCGAUCAGAUUGGGAUGGAAAUGGAACCUCUCAUCGUGGAGCCAGGAGCCCGUCUUUUAAAAAAGCUGGCUGAGUCUGACGAAGACAUCAACAAUCUCUUUGAAAAGGUGGAAAACGACAGCAACCUUGAAGACUACACCAUCCAAACCCUCUUGGAGCUGCGGGAUCAGGUGGCCGAGAAGUUCCUGCUCCAGAAGCAGGAGAUCAAGGAGCUGGAUAAGACGCUGCACUCGCUUGAGUUCUCCCGGGCAGAUAAACUAAAAAGUGUGUUGAAGAAAUACGUGGAAAUCAUAGAGAAAACUUCCUACCUCAUGCAGCCCGACGUGUACAGGCUGAUCAAUAAAGAAGCCACGAUCAUAAACCACGCCCUGCUGGGCAACCGGAGGGCCCUCGCCCAGCUGUUUGUCAACCUGAUGGAGGCCGCGCUGCAGCAGGAGCUCGAUGGCCACCGCCGCUGGCAGGGCCUGGUGGAUGCCUGGAAGGCUCUCAAGAAGGAGGACCUGGUGCAGGGUUUCAGUGAGUUCAUGGCCAGUGAAAGGAUCCAGACUCCUCCAGCUGUGCAGAUGGAGCUGGAGACCAUGUUUAAGAACCAGAGCGCCCUGCAGCAAAAGCGGCUGGACCAUCUCUGCACCAUCUGUGACCUCCUGCCCCCCAAUUACAGCAAAGCUCAGCUGACUGAAUGGCGUUCUACUCUCAACUCCCUGAAUAAGCACCUCGACGCCUACCACGUGGAUUACAUGAUGCGGAUCCGCUUGCAGUAUGAGAAGACCUGGCAGGAGUGCCUGGCCCAAGUGCAGAAGUGCAAGAAGCAGCUGCUGGACUGGAAGGCCUUCACUGAGGAGGAAGCAGAGAGCCUGGUGAGCCCGUCCUUCUUCCAGAUGGUGGGAAAUCUCCAGAGCAAGGCGGAGGAGGAGCUGGAGGCCUUGGAUAAAUCCUUCGAGACUGUGGCGAAGCAGACAGAGCGGCAGAACUCAGAUCUCUUCAGCUAUUUCCAGGAGGCUGUGCAGCUGUGGGAGGUACAUCGGAGCAUGCUGUUGAUGCAGGAGCUGGAGCUCGAGAAGAGGAUGGAGCAGCAGCGGCAGAAGCACAGCCGCGAGAGCCAGGCCCAGGAGGCUCACCUCGAUAAGCUCUUGGACCAACUGAGGCAGCAAAGCUGUGAGAAUAUCCUGAAGUUACACCUGGUAAAGGCCAAAGAUUUUCUGAAGAAUAUGAAAUGCAGGUAUGAGAGUUCUCAUGGCCUCCUGACAAAGGAAGUGAUGGAAUACCCAGCGAUCAUACUGAAGGAACUCAACUCCUACAGCUCUACCCUCAGCCGACACUUCUGUGUUCGUGAAAUCUUUGAACAGAACCUGGAGGGUGAAGUCAUCUUCCGACUGAGGGCACCAGAACCACAUGAAAAGCAAUUCCAGGAGAGAAGGAGAAAACUGAGGGGAAAACAAAGGCCUAAAGCAGACGCGAGCAAAGGUGAGGAAAGCUUAAGUAGGGGAACGAGUUCCCUCAGGCCAGUGGAAGAGAUAGAAGAAGUAGAAGAUCAAGAAAUCGAGUCCCCCACCACUCAAGAGGUGGUAGUAAGCCCACAGGAAAAGUCUGUACUGAGUGAAGAGAUGGAUGAGUCCAGAGGGGACUCUAUUCCGGGAUUAGAAGAAACGCAUGUUGAAAGAGACAGCUCCUUAAAAUCACCCCCGAACCAGGCAAACGUGAUGGUUCAUGAAGAAGAAGAGGAGGAGAAAAAGGAAAAGGUGGAGGAGGAGAGGGAGGAAGAGGAGGAAGAAGAGGAAGAGCAUGAGAGUUCAUCUGUGGAUGAGGUCAGAACCCAGGAAGAGAGUCUGGGAGCGGUCUCCCAUGAGGAAAUGGAGUCCUUCACAACGUCCAGUGGGACCACUUACUUUGUCUUCCUGCCCCUGGAACAAGAAGAGAGUAGCAAGAGGCCCCAUUCCAACCUUUCUGCCAUUCUCUUCAAUGACACUUCCAGUGCCAAGGUCCUAGAACAAGUGAUCAUUCCAUCCAGACUAGUUUUAGAAAUUAAGAAACAGCUUCGAGCUGGCUUUUUUGAGCACUUAGAGAAGUGGUUUGACCAAUGUGCCCUCAAUGCCCGGGUCAUCGUGGCCACCAAGAUUGAUGAGCUGGAUUCAGAACUGGAGCUGCGUCUGCACCUGCACCAGCCAAGAGCCCAGCUCAUUGAAAAGGACAUCCACAACGUCAGGGCAGCCGAACUCUUGCUUCACCAAGAGCGGCUGGACAGCCACUGUGCGGGGGUGAUGGAGAUGCUGAGGAAGGAGAGGAGGAUGUUCUGCCAGUUCCAAGAGGAGCAGAACAUGAGGAGCAAAGACUUCCAGCGCAAGAUUUGCGACAUGGAGCACAUCUUCUUGAACGCCACCAAGAGCCAGAAGCUGGUCACUCUCAGCAGCACUCUGCACCAGGAACUGCUCAGCUACGUCGACGUCGUCCAGGUGUCCCUGCGCAGCUUCCGCCAGUACCUGGAGGAGAGCCUGGGCAAGCUUCGCUACACCAACGUUGAGUUUGUCAGGCACUGCAGAUUGUUCUCAGAGGGAGGCAACUUUUCUUCUGAAGAAAUUGACUCACUGUGUCAUCGACUGGAGAAGGAAGCUGCCCGGAUAGAGUUUGUUGAAAAUUUAAUCAUGAUCAGGAUGGAGAAGAUGGAGAGCGAGUACCUGGACCAGGCUAAUGAUAUCAUCAACAAGUUUGAAAGUAAAUUCCAUAACCUGUCUGUGGACCUUAUUUUCAUAGAGAAAAUCCAGCGGUUGCUGACAAAUCUGCAAGUGAAAAUCAAGUGCGAGGUUGCAAAAUCCAAUUUGCAAACAGAUGGAUUAAAUUCUUCUCUGGAGCAGCUUCAAAGCAAGGUGCAAAUGUGCCAAAGCUCAAGGGGAGAUGAAAAAAUAGUGACCACAGAAGACCUCCUUGGCCUUGUUCGAACUUGGAAAGAAAAACUGAGCUCGAGGAUUCAGUAUCUCAACUGCAAGCUGAACAUGGUAUCUGUGACUCAAGUGGUCCUUACCGACAACAUCUUGACCAACCUGGUGGUAGAGAGUGACAUCCUGGUGUCUUCAGAAGCCCAUGAAGAAGAGGCCAAGGUAGACAUUGUCACCCCCGAGUCCUUCACCCAGCCAAGCCGCAUGGGGAAGUCCCUGAUUGAAGACCCAGCUGUGGAGGUGGUCAGGAGGAUCCUGCAAUUUCCUGACUCCAAAUGUCCAACCCAGCAGUGUGACAAAGAGCGGUCCCAAACAGGCUUGAAGCGACUGCGGAGCCGGGUAGACAACUCCGUGAAGAAGGGCUUGUCCACUGCCAGUGCCACCUUGGCAGCGAGCAUCACACGGUACACCAAGCCCAACAGACUAGAUAGAAAGUACCAGGUGCUCGGAGACAAGCCACCUCCUCCGGCGGAGGAUUUUAAAGGCAUCAUCCUGAGCCUCCUCUGGGAGAGCAACGAGCACCUGCUGACCAUGGUGGAGGAGUUUUACCACAAAGACAAGCACUCAAUCACCAGGCCCGACUGCAUGUACGGAACCUUUGACCAGUGCGCAGAGAACAUCUGCAGGAAGAUCCUGGUGUACCACAGCCAGGCUGACGAGUACCACAACUCCUGCCUCAUAGAAUUACGGGCCCAGAUGAGGAGAUUUGAGGAGCUAUUGCCCCAGGUGUGUUGGCUGGUGAUGGAAAAUUUCAAGGAGCACCACUGGAAAAAAUAUUGCACCUCCACCAAAGAGAUCCGGGGACAGUUCUCGAAUUAUCAGGAACAGCUGGAGAGAAGGAAGGAUGAAAAUGCCCAGAAGCUCCACCCAAAUCUUGGACACCCCGCACGUCUCCAAGAAAUGGAGUCUCUGUGUCAAGUGGAAGAGAAAAGGCAGGAAGAUUUGGACACCUUGAUUGCGGUGACCAGGGAACAGCUGGAGGAGUUCAUCCGGAAGUACAGCCGGUUUUUCAUAGCCAGCUUGGCCACCUUCACUGAGAAGUUCCUGCUGCAGUUGGAUGAGGUGGUCACCAUUGACGAUGUCCAGGUUGCAAAGAUGGAGCCCCCGAAACAGAAAACAUCAAUCCUAAUACGGAGGAAACUCAACGGGCUCUCCCUGGAGGAAGAGAGUGAGAAGCCCCUGAUUGAACGAGGGAGCAGGAAGUGGCCAGGAAUCAAACCCACUGAAGUCACCAUCCAACACAAGAUUCUCCUCCAGAAAACACCAUCAAUCACCACCACCAAAACGACCCUGGGCCACCUGGCAUCUGUGGAAGCUCGAGAUGCUAUCUAUUUGAAAUAUUUAGCGUCAUUGGAAGAGGAGUUGAAGAAGAUCCAGGAUGACAGCACACUGCAGGUGAAGGAGGCUCAGCGCUGGAAGGACAGCUGGAAGCGCUCUGUGCACACCAUCCAGGACCUGUACUUGUGACACCCUCAACCCACUCCCAAUAAAGGCUUAUUUUGUGUGGACUCUUCAUCCAUCCACCCACCCUUCUUCCUUCCAUCCAUCCAUCCUUCCAUCCAUCCAUCCAUCCAUCUCUGCUCUAUGCCCAGCGCUGUACCUUCACAGUGACCAGGACACGUUGUGGUCCCUGCCCACAUGGAGAUCACUUCCAAUGAGGAACACAGA